GUGGACAAAAUGACAAACCCCUUUAAUUCAUUCGCGACCUCCUCCGUGCAUGCACGCUUAACGCAUUUGGCUGUCAUUGUAGCCGUUUUUAAACGCACAUGCUGUUUGUCUACCGACUUGUAACGGACAUAUGCUGCUAUGAGUGCUUUGUGUCGCCUGAUCCAGAGAGGACUGCUGAGUUGCCGGCCGUCGUGUCGUUUAUUCACCGGACAGCAGGACGUGUGCGGAGUGGCUCCUAUGGUCCGUGCAGCCAGCUCAUCCAGCCCAGUCAACUUGACCUAUGAUGUUUUCGAUGGGAAGGGAGAGAGCACUCCCCUGGUGUUUCUCCACGGCCUUUUUGGCAGCAAAUCUAACUUUCACUCAAUUGCGAAGUCCUUGGUGCAGCGCACAGGCCGAAAGGUGCUGACUGUAGAUGCCCGUAACCAUGGCAACAGCCCUCACAGCUCAGAGCUGACCUAUGAAGCGAUGACCACUGAUCUGAAACACCUCCUUGCCCAGCUGCACAUUGAGAAGUGUGUCCUCAUCGGCCACAGCAUGGGAGGGAAAACGGCCAUGACAACCGCCCUGACACAGUCUGGUUUAGUGGAGAGGCUGGUGGUAGUGGACAUCAGUCCAUCCCAGACCAGCACACGCACCAACUUCCGCUAUUACAUCCAGGCCAUGCAGAAGCUGAAGAUCUCCAGUGACAUCCCACGUUCCACUGCCAGGCGGAUGGCUGAGGAUCAGUUGCGCAGUUUGGUCAAGGAGCGCUCAGUGCGUCAGUUUCUGCUGACUAACCUGGUGGAGCAGAAUGGCAACUACGCCUGGAGGGUCAACCUGGAGGCCAUCUCGGCGCACCUUGAUGACAUCAUGAGCUUCCCCAACUUCAACACUGUCUAUGAUGGACCUACACUGUUUUUGGGUGGAGCCAGUUCUGCUUAUAUCAGCUCCGACGAUUACCCAGAAAUCCAGAGGCUGUUCCCCAACGCUGACAUCCAGUACAUCCCAGACGCAAGCCAUUGGAUCCAUGCAGAUAAACCCUUAGAUUUCAUCAGCUCCAUCAUCUCCUUUCUCCAGUCCUAGCUGCCUCUGCCUACGCCUAAGAACUUUUUAAUGGUCAGCACCCUUGAGCGUGCCCUCACCGAAAACAACGGUUUGUAUUCAGCAGCUUCAGCGAGAGCAAGUUGAAACAUUAAUGAUGCUAAUAUUUGACAACACUGGACCAAACUUACCCUUUUACAACAGUCAGUCCUUUUAACAAUAUUAGUGUAGUUUAGUGUAGGUAAACUUGUGUUUAGUCUCUCUGCCAGACAGGUAGUGUAACUAGAUGGGCUGGUUUCUCAAUAUGUUUUCAUUGAUUUUUACGUCGGUAAGUAGACAAUGUUUAAAAAUAACGGUGUUGUUUUGGAGGUGAUGUAUUAAUCCAAAGAAACUUAUCUUCACAGUGCUUUCUUUAUGGUAAAACAUAUGCCAGUGUGAUGGAAAGUUGUUGUUUUUUUUGGUUGAAGUGUACCAGCAGUAGGAUGGUUGGACAUGAAAGGUUUGACAGCACUGCAGUAUAAAAGAAAAUACUGAAUAUCUGAAAAGCUGAGUGAAGAAAUAGUUGUUCCUUAGCACAAGGGAGUUUGCUGUUGUAUCAGGAGGUUCAGUCUCUGCAAAAAGUCUGUAAGGUAGACUUCAUGUGGACAUAUGGUAUGUUGUAGUUAUUUUCUUGUUGACCACAGGGAUAUAUUCAAUAUUUUGGUCUGGAACUUAAUUUCUUACGUCCUCUCCUCUGUAUCUGCUGUAUGUCAGAGAUGAGGAUUUACAGGUCAUCAAGAGCGCUGAUUAUAUUUUUAUGCCAACAUACUCAUCUAUGAAAACCAAGUUGAACAACUCAAAUGCCGUACACGCAAUCUGUUUUGGGAACAUCUAAGACCCCAUUUUCUCCUGAUAUUAAAAUCUGAUCUGAGUGGACAGUUCGACGUACAGGCCACAUUUGGAGCCGGUUUAGGCCCCAUGGGACCACAGUCUUUUAAGCAGUGUGUAUUUAUGUGUCCUAGGGCAUAUUAAGGACCGCCUACUCAGCUGUGAGCGGAACUACAUACUCAUUUAAAGUAUUUAUGUCACAGAAACUGAGUGUGAGUUGUGUGUUUUGAAUGUUAUCACACUGUUAGUGAUGUGUCGCUGUUUUUGUUAAGGUGCUACCUGAUCUUAUGUCCGCAGGCGGCUGUCUGACGUUCUGGUACACAACAACCUUCAUAAAACAAUCCCUAAACUCAACAAUAUAUAGGAUAUUACUAUAGCUAUUUCUGUUUUACGUCACAACUUCUUCUUUUGUUAUUUAGAAGCCAGCGAGACUGAGUGCUCAAAGCAGCACCUGUGAAACGGUGGAACGGUUUAAUUUCCUAUAAAUUCUUCACAAUAAAAGAUGAUGUUUUGAUUGGAUUACUCAGAUUAGAUUUUAAUACCAGGUAGAAAUGUGGCCUCAGGUUAGAACAUGAAAUGCUAAUUAUGAAACACUUAUAGUAUGCUCCUGUCUGUCUGGCGUAAGCCGUGGUAAUGUUGUGUGUUUGUAUUUGGUCAGUCCAAUCAGUGUUUUGAUGAAUCAUAUUUUACCGAUUUACUAUCCGUAUCUCACUUAACUCUAGGACUAAGGUGCAAAGCUAUAUGGGUAUCUCACACAAAUAUAUGCUGCAGCAAUGUAUGUUGUUAUUGAAUUGUAUUAGUGUUAAUAUUUCUGUUUCCAUGGUUUGGAUUAGUACAGUAGUGAAACUGCCAUCUGUAUGAAUAAGCAGUGUUGUAAAUGUGUGCCUCUUCUGUCAAACAUCUUUUUUCCAUUUCUGUAAAACUUGAUGUAAAUUAAAAUAUAUAUACAUAUAUUGUAUAUUCUAAAAUAAUAACUAGCAGACUUUAGAUUGGCAGCUGGGUUGCCAGUUCUGUGUUAAUCUUCUCAGAAGGAAGCUUAACAGAUGACCGGAGGAUGUAUCGUUUCAUUGCACCAGAUGUUUACAACACGCAAUGUUUUACGUUUUGUUUCAUGUGAAUACAGAAGUCUGAAUGGCUUUAAAUUAUUAGAAUUAAGAUAAGUGACACUCUCCUUAUGUUGUACUUUUAUAACGCUUCAGUUAGUAGAGGAGCUCCCACUCAUCCUCAACCACAGGACCGAUUUGACUUGUUGCACAAUAUGACUAGAGAGAUUGUUGGGUGUGGUUUGAUUGCAGGCCCUUCAGCUUCUGUAGCGUUUUAAAUUAUAUAGAACAGUGAAUUUAUUCUAUUGCACUGAAAAUCUGUUAAAAGACUAAUCUGUUAUUUGGAUUGUUUAUUGUUUCACUAUGAGCAUGCCUUUUUUCUUGUCAUCAGCUGUAACUUUGCUGUGUUAUAUUCAUCUCAAUUUGUUGAAAACAUUGUCACAAUGUUGGCACUCAGUCCAGAUAGUGUCAUAUAUACAUUUUAAAUGUGGGCAAGAAGAAUAUAGGAGUGGAUUAUAUAUUAUUUAAAAUAUACAAACUGAUAUUAUACAAUAAAAUUACAAAUCUG